GGACUCGUGAGUUGCGACUUUCGAGUUCUUUCGCAGCUUCGUGCUCUCGUUUCCCCUCCAGACUAUCCCGUCAAGCUCGAUCACUGUGACAAUGCCACUCGCGAGUUGAGGACUCCGCACACACAUUGCCGAAGACUUCUCCACUUGCCCCCGCUCGCGAGUCGUAAGCUGGCUAGGAAAAAUCUAGAACAGAACAGGAAGAUCACACCGGCGAGCUGUUGGGCCCAUCGUUGGGACGUACGAGUUAGGGAGGAGCACGUGCGUCGACUGUUAGACGCCGUCCGCGAGGAUUGGAUCCUUCUCGCCGCCCCAGGGAACACUGCAGAGCUUGUGUCAGCAGGCGACUGCCCGUUCGACCAGCAUGGCAUCCACACUGGGGUCUUUGCUCUACAUCUCCCUCUUGCUGGUCAAUGCCAUUGCGAUUUUGAACGAGGAGCGCUUCUUGGCCAGAGUGGGUUGGUCCACAGUGUCCACACAACCGAACAGCGCAGCAGCUUUCGAUCCUGCAGGAUUCAAUGGGCAACAAUUGGGCUCAGAAGGACCGGGCGUCAAGGCGAGGCUGAUCAGUCUCAUAGGAGCUGUGCGGAUGUUGUUGAGGGUGCCGCUAAUCGCUCUCAACAUCGUUGUGAUCAUCUACGAGUUGCUCCUGGGCUAGCGAUUGUAUGUGCUCUGGCAGCGCAUACAUCCCCACUUUCGAGCACCUAGUCGAGUCGCCCGCGGCGCGAAAAGAAAAACGAACGACAUGUACACGUUUGCCUAUCUCAGGUUUAGAAGGGAUGGUCGGACCUUCAAGGAAGACAACCUGCGCGACGACCACGCGGCUUCUACAGGACAAAGUCCGGCUUGGGCGCAAGCUAGUCCGAGUUUGUUGGCGCGAGCCACUUACUAGUCACAAUCAAGAAUGUAAUGUAUGUCCAG